CAGAUGCAGAAUAUUUCAGAGGUGACUGAAUUCAUCUUUGUGGGGUUAACAGAUGCCCCAGAGUUGCAAUUCCUUUUAUUUAUCAUCUUUACCCUUAUUUAUUUGAUCACACUACUUGGGAACCUUGGGAUGAUUCUGUUGAUUUUCCUGGACUCCCGACUCCACAAUCCCAUGUACAUAUUUCUUAGUAACCUCUCACUGGUAGACUGUGUUUAUGCCUCAGCUAUCACUCCCAGGGUAAUAGAAGGGUUUCUCACAGAACACAAGGUCAUAUCCUACAAUGCAUGUGCAGCCCAAAUGUUCUUCUUAAUAGCCUUUGCAAUUAUUGAAGGUUUCCUUAUUGCUUCAAUGGCUUUUGACCGCCAUGCAGCAGUAUGUAAACCCUUGCAUUACUCUACCACCAUGACAACUACAAAAUGUUCCCUGCUUAUUGUUGGCUCUUAUAUCAAUGGACUCUUGCAAUCUUCCAUCCAUGUUGCCCUCACUUUCCACCUCUCCUUCUGUCAUUCCAAUGUAAUUAACCACUUUUUCUGUGACAUUCCCCCAUUGCUGGCUAUUUCUUGUUCUGAUAUUUCUAACAAUGAAAUUGUAUUGAUGACGUUGGCAGCAUUCAAUGUUACUUUAACUAUAUUGGUUGUCUUGAACUCUUACCUACUUAUUUUUAUUGCAAUUGUGAGAAUGCGUUCAGUUGAGGGCCGGAAGAAGGCCAUUUCUACCUGCGCAUCCCAUCUCACCACUGUUUCCAUCUUCUAUGGUACCAUCAUCUUCAUGUACUUACAGCCCAGCUCUAGUCACUCCAUGGACACUGACAAAGUAGCAUCUGUGUUCUACACAAUGAUCAUCCCCAUGCUAAACCCUCUUGUUUACAGCCUGAGGAACAAAGAGGUCAAGAAUGCAUUCAAGAAAAUUGCUGUGAAAGUAUUGUCUGCACUAGAAUUAGUCUACUAA